AUGUGUCUUUUGGGAAUCAUUUCAUUAACACUUCUUUCAUCUUUGUGUCAUGCCAAACCCGGCAAUAGGCAAAAGAUAUGCGCGGUCAAAGCAAGCGGCAGCAACGCAACAGACGAUACCCCUGCCAUUCGGUCUGCUUUCACAGAAUGUGGUCGUGGAGGCAGAGUCGUCUUUACGCCCACAACAUACUACGUCAACUCCAUCUUGAACAUCUCGAGUCUCGAGGACGUCGAUAUUGAUAUACAAGGAAAACUACUCUGGAGUACAGAUAUCAAUUACUGGCUCAAUCAUUCCGUUGCAGUCGGCUACCAAAACCAAUCCACUGCGUUCAUACUCGGCGGAAACAACGUCCGUAUCAAUGGACAUGGUACAGGAACCCUCGAUGGCAAUGGCGACUACUGGUAUGAGUGGAUCAAAAAGCAGACCAACACGUCCAACUACCCCGGUCGGCCCCACCAGAUUACCUUUAACGGCCUCACCAACUCUGUAGUCAAAGGCUUGAAUUUCAUUAGGAGCCAGAUGUGGACUAUGAGUAUCAUUCACUGCGGCAAUAGCGUUUUUGAGGAUAUUCUUGUCAAUAAUACGGGGAACAGAGUGUCAAGCUCAAACACCGACGGCGCCGACACCAUCUACUCCACAAACCUAACCUUCAAAAACUGGACCGUCUAUAAUGGCGACGACAGCAUCUCCUUCAAGGCCAACAGCACCAACAUCCGCGUUCUCAACUCGCACUUCUACAACGGCCUCGGCAUCGCCAUCGGCUCCAUCGGGCAAUACAAAGGCCGCUUCGAAACAAUCGAAAAUAUUCGCGCAGAGAACAUCUACUUCUCCAAUACCCUCCACACGUUCUACGUCAAGACCUGGACCGACGAUCAGAACGGAUACCCGCCGAACGGCGGUGGCGGCGGCCUGGGAUACGCGCAGAACAUGCACUUGAAGAACCUCACUGUUGAGGGACUGAGGGGCGCUGCCUUUUCGAUUAGUCAGUGCACGAGGUUUAGUGGCGCGCCGGGCGUGGGGAAUUGCACGAAUUCGCAGUUUCAGAUCAGGGAUGUGGAUAUUGAUGGGCUGAAGGGGACGACGAAGAGUAGCAGAGUCGCGAGUCUGCAGUGUAGUGCUGUGAAGCCUUGCACGGAUAUCGAGCUGUAUGACGUUGAUCUGGAGUUUGCGAAUGGGACGAGCGCGGCGAGUUAUUUGUGUGGGAAUGUGAAGGAGAAUAAGGGAUGGGAGUGUACGGGUCCCGUGUGUGAGGGUGGAAGCGCGACUGGAGAAUGCUGA